UCACAGAUCUUCACUAUGAGAUCAGAAAUGUGGGGAAGACUGUUAAAAAGUCCAAACAACUCCACGUCUGGUCGUUUGAGAUCGAUUCCAAAAGACACACUGUUGAGCUCUAUUCCUCGCAUUACUCGGGGAAAGUCAAAUUAGUCUCCGACGGAAAAAUCGUUAUUGAAUCCAAGGCCUAUAAAGGCAAGUUCUUCUAUGAAUUUGUGAUCGACCAGCUCUACUCAACAGUCAAGCAAUACGGCAAAGAAUAUGAACUUUCUAUUGAUGGAGACAGGUUCUCAGAUUUACAAGAAAUGGAGACAACAAGAAAGACUGAUAAGAUUGCUUCUAGUCAAGGAGAAAGCGCUUUUAAAGAAAAGAAUUAUGGAGAUAUUAUAAAAAAGUCUCAUGUUACAGGUGGUUUCGGCGACUCUGGCUCUAGAUUUGACAAGAAGAGCUACAAGAAAAAUGAUAGAGUUGGAGCAGGGUACUCUAAAGGGUCCUCCCUUGGUACUACUAAGAAAGCAUAUAAUCCUUACCACGCGGAUGGGAAUAUUUUAGACAAAUAUAGAAAUCCUUCCAAAAGAAGUCCUGAGCAGAAACCUAAAGCAAAAAGGCCAACGAAAAAGAAGGAAAUUUUGGAUGACUCCUGGGAAAAAGCUAUGAACGAUGAUGCUAAAUACAAUGAUGAUGAUUUUAGCACAUAUAAGAACCCAGCUCCGAUUGUUAACACUAAGCCAGCAGAGAACUUAAUCGAAGACAAUUUUAAUUUUAACGACAUGAAGCAAAGUCUGCCAAAAGAGGAAGUGCAUAAAUUUGAUGAAGAAUCCUCAGGUGAUGAGGCUGAGAAGAACUAUGACUAUAACUUUGUAGAGGAUCCCAAUGCUUAUGCUACUGCGAAUAUAAACCAGAAUCAUUUAUCCAAGCAAAUAAAUCAAACUGCAGUAAACAAUCAAGAAGAAGAAGAUUUCUUUGGAAGUGGUGGAGUUAGUAAUCAACCCAAUCUUGGGAUGCAAAAGAUAAACUCAGCACAGCUAGAUGAUAUAUUUGGGGAAAGUUCAGCCAACCAGCAGCAUACUUCAGAGGUGCCACCACAGAACGAUUCUGAUGUAAAUGAUUUCUUUGGACAAGAUAACACCACAUCUCAACCUGCUCAAGAUGAUAUAUUUGGAGGAGGGAAACAAUCUCAAAAUCAGUACUAUACUGAGCAUGUUGGUGGUGAAACUGAUAUGUCCUAUGGUGCAUCAAAGCAAAACAAAACUGAAAAUAUUUUUGCAUCAGACCCUUCAUCUAUUUUUAACACUGGAGCUCCAGCAAUGGGUCAAGGAUAUAAUACCAUGGGAGGUGGAUAUAACCAGAAUCAAUAUUAUCACAAUUAUCAAGGAAAUGGAAUGCAAACCCAAAGCAAUUAUAACGGAGGAGAAUAUGGUGAUCAAACAGCUUAUCAAGGUUAUAAUAACCAUAAUACUUAUGGUUACAAUAAUCAAAACACCUAUGGAAAUCAAUAUCAGACAGGAUAUGAUAACAUGGGAGGUUCAAAGCCUCAGUCACAAACACCACAAUACCAAACUCAGUCACAGUCAAAUGGGCAAGGUUUGGAUGACCUUUUCUCAUAACUCAAU